CGAACCAGCGCCUCACUGCAGCUCCGUGAACUAGACUCAUCACAUGGCGCUGUCUGAUCCGGAUUUACCCCAGGAGCGAAUUUACAUAGGGCUGUUUCAGAUGUGACCGUGGAGUUUGUAUUUUUGUUUAAUUUGGGAUAAUUUGUCAAACUUUUGAGAAACUUUCCCUCUUUUUGGAGCCUUACAGGUGGAUGACGCGGUGCGUAAAGCUGCAGAACAACGCGCUUAAAGACAGUACUUGUUCGUACGUUUUGCACCGACUUGACAUACUGUUCACAGUCUGGAGGUGUUUGAGCGCACGUGCUCCCCGCUGAGGAUGUGAGUCUCGAGCUGCUGUGGUUCAGGUGGAUGAGAUGUGACCCCCGUGAUGUUGACCCACAGGCUCACCGUGCUGCUGCUGCUGCUCGGCUUCUGCUCCAUCCACACGAUUCACGGCAGGUCUCCUCACUGCCAGUUCAUAUGGGAGAUGGAGAGCGCUAAGACAGAGUGUCAGACACAGCUGCAGCAACUGACCCCUAUUCACACAGGAUGUCAUGGCGAAUGGGACAAUGUCUCCUGUUGGCAGAGCGCCGCCGUCGGAGAGGUGAUGACCCUCCCCUGCCCCUCCCCGAUCCUGCAUCUGUUUGGAAAAAAUGGUGUCAUCAGCAGAAACUGCACAGAGAGAGGCUGGUCUGAUGUUUACCCCAUCAUCACAGUCGCCUGCUGGCCAGACGACACUGAUGAGCCCAGCGAGCUGGUUUUCUACAGGAUGGUGAGGAUAUUGUCCACUCUGGGUCACAGCCUGUCCCUUAUCACUCUGCUCACCAGCACCUUCAUCAUCUGUCUCUUCAGGAGGCUCCACUGCACCAGGAACUACAUCCAUCUGAACCUGUUUGUAUCGUUCAUGCUGCGAGCUGUGGCCGUGCUGACCAAAGACACGCUGCUCUUCUCUGAUGAUGAGAACACAGACUGCAGCACACAACCUUCACUGGUGGGCUGUAAAGCUAGCCUGGUGUUCUUCAACUACUUCAUCAUGGCUAACUUCUUCUGGCUGCUGGUGGAGGGUCUCUACUUGCACACCCUGCUGCUGGUCAUCCACAACUACACCACCCGCCUCCCUGUCUACAUGCUCAUCGGCUGGGGAAUCCCGUUUGCAUUCAUGGUUGCGUGGAUUGCUUGUAGGAUAAACCUGGAAGACACAAGGUGUUGGGAGAUGAAUGAGAACCCGAUCCCAAACAGACUGAUCAACUGGCCCAUCAUGGCGUGUGUCAUUAUCAACUUCAUAUUGUUCAUCAGUAUCAUUCGCAUUCUGGUGCAGAAGCUGCGCUGCACUGACGUCGGAGGAAACAACCGAUCCCAGUACAGUCGUCUGGCUAAGUCCACCCUCCUGCUGAUCCCUCUGUUCGGGGUGAACUACAUGGUGUUUGUGUACCUGAUGGAGUCGGCUGACAAAAGCAUGAAGAAAGUUAAAAUCUUCUUUGACCUCGGCCUUGGAUCCUUCCAGGGUCUCAUUGUUGCCAUCCUCUAUUGUUUCCUCAACAGCGAGGUGCAGAGCGAGCUGAGGAGGACUUGGAGGAGUUUAUCUCUGAAGCGUUACGUGGGGCGGGACUACAGGCCACACGCCAUGUCAGUCAGCAGAAAUGGGAACGAGAACUCUUCUAAUUUCCCCAGGAACUCCCGAGCCCCAUCCAUCCUACAGACCGAGACCACCAUGCUCUGAUGGAGAACGGAGACACAGGCGUGGAGAGCUGGUGCUCGUUUUUUAAGAGUGACUCCAUACAGCACAGAGACGAGGUUAUACUCUAGGACGCUUUCAUGGAAGAAUCGCCUGCUGCUGCAGGGACCAGAAUCUUUACUCUGAAGUUUUUCUGUGGAGAGGGAACAUUUUAUUGCAUGUUUUCCUCUUGAAGACUUAUUCUACUUGUGUUAAUGGCCCACAUAAAAACAGAUCCUGCAGAUAUGAUGCAGAACAGAAACCUGCAUCAGAUCAUGGUCUUUUUAUAUGAUCAGUUUUAUGAGAAGCAGAUGUUGCAAAAGACCAUAAUCUGUCCAAAGAACUGCAGUUGUGACAUUUCCUGGAGACAAUGUUUCAUUAUCUGUGUAAAUGAAGACUGCUUCUUACAAUACAUUCUGGCUUCACUGAAGCCAAUUUUUUAUACAGGUACAUAUUAUUUUUUAUGUAUUUUCAUGCAAAUGUGUUGGCCAUGUGCAUAUCUUCUUUUUGUGAGGUUAUUGCCCCAGAUUUCCACACAGUAACUGUGAUCCAGUUAUCUAAGAGAACAUCAAGGAUCAUCAUUACUUUUUGGGUAAACAAACUUUGCAUAAAACAAUUUCAAAUGAAUCUUUAUCUCACACCAUGUCCUGACAGCAUCGGGCCUUGGAGACUGCAUUGCUUCACACAGUGUUGCAUGCUUGCAAAAAAAUGUAAUUCUCGUCCCUUAUACAAAGUGUGGCAUGAAGCACUUUUAUUUGAAUGCAGAGGAACAGAAGUUAGGCACUUUGUAUUGACGAACCUUUGACUGCUUUGAGCUGAAUAGUUUUACCUCCUUGUUGACACAAGUCAGAGCAUACUAGAUUCUAAACACAGAUAUGGGUAUUAUUUAGCCACAACUAUCUCCACUUUGCAAAACAUGCUCUGCUGAGGGAGAAAUGUGAUAAAAUAUCAAGAGAAUGUUUCCUUCAAACACUCCUGAUACCUUGUCAUCUCCAUCUUUCCUAGUUCCUCUCAAGAGACAGAGAAGAAAUUUAAGAUGGGGCAACAAGGGGAAAAUGCUGCACUGCAUUGCUCCUUUGCUGUCAGAAUACUGCAUCAGUGAAUCAUACUGAAUCAGUGUAAUCAAACAGAUUUUGUCGCUGACGUUAACUCGAGUCAUGUGUAGUUAGAAUACAAUGCUAUCUGGCAGGGUUUCAUCUUUACUUACAAAGAUAACAGACCAAAAAGCACACUUUGCCUUUAACAGCAAAGGAAUGUUUUUCUAUUUGUUUCUUUUUACUAUUUUAAACAGUUGUGUAUUUAAAUUUUGGUAACAAUCAAUGGUGUAGUGCAUGACAGGUACUGUAUAUGGAGUAUACCCACCUAUUUUUCAUUCUCCAUAGAGCAGUGGUCAUUAAUUAAAAUUCUCAGAAGUCCAGUUCACAAAAUUUCUGUCAUUGAAGGUCUGGAAUAUAAAUUCAUCUAACCUGUAAAAUCACCCGUUCUAGUUUAUAACAAAAAAAUACAAACACCAAUAUUUCAUGAUCUGGAAGUACUAAUGAAAUUAUAAAGGUGAAGUGUUGGUUUCCCUCUGUCUUUUUUUCUAGAUUUUACAUUUUAAAGGCAUUAAAA